AAAAUGGUGAGUAUAUAUAUGAUUGAAUUACGACACGCUUUAAUGGCGUAUAGCUUAGGUAAUCGCUUGUUUAUGUUGGAGAUAUUUAUUUUCUAUAAAGGUUGCUCCAUUUAUUAUUUCGACUGUCACUAUUUGGCAAUAUCUUUGCAGAGGUGUUAUUGGACUUGAAUUAACAUCAUCCGUUGAGAUCGUUGGGGGAUAUGUCACAGGUUGUCCACACACAACCUUAACCUUCACUUGCUCUGUCACACAAGUCUCUUCUCUCACAUGGCUUGCUCUACCUUACCUUAAUGAAGACGACACUGUCAUUAUUUUUGCUUCAGAAACUGCUCACAGCACAAUAGUUGGUGGUGUAUUCAAUGUUUCUCUAGUCUCUGUAGAAAACAUGAUGGGGCACAGUGCUGAUCUUACAUCUACGUUAAGCACCCAGGCAAAUGAUAUUGUGAAUGGAACAAAUGUUUCUUGCCUGAUAUUCUCUGACAGCAGAUCAAUUACUAUUCUUAAAGAAGCUCCCCUUCCACCUGUAGUGACAAUAGUUAGCUAUGCCCUGACUUUCAGUGUCUUGUUUGUUGUCACAUGGGCUCAGCCGCAGCGUGUACCUGUUUCCGGUUUUAUUAUCUCCACUUCCAAUACAAAGCCUGUACUUAUCGCAAACACGACUAACUACACAAUUGAGAGUGACUAUAAUACUAAACUAACCUACAACUUCAGUUCUUACAAUUGCUUUGGCACUAGUGAAAGUAUUACAAAGGAAUUCUUCAUGGCUGGCUGUGGUCCUCCCAGUCCACCAGUGAAUGGCAGUGUUGGUGAGUGGACCAGUUCCAGAGUAGGAGCACAGGUCACCUACUCCUGUGACACCCACCUGGUUCUGGUGGGAGAGACUGUGGCCACAUGCUCUCUCCCUUCUCUAACAUGGCUGCCUAGUAGCGAUGAUGUCACCUGUGUACAGCCUACGUCAGAAUGCGAGGAUCCAAGUAAACUGCUACAAGGAAAUGUUUCUUUCACUAGUCUCAAGAGUUCAAUGAUAGGUCUAUCUUGUGAUGAUGGAUAUAGUCUUAAUGGUAGCGAAACAUCAGAGUGUAUUCUUGGACAGUGGACCCCAAGUCUUAAACUAGCAAUGUGUCUCAUCACUGACAAUACAUUGUCAAGAGAAUGGAUCCCUAGUCCUGACUCUGUCACCUGCAGGAAUUCCACUCUCUUGGAUUCUUCUUCUGUUAGUGGCGCCUCUCUGAGUACAGCAGAAGCAGUGGCCACAACAGGAGUAGUGUGUGUAGUGUGUGUAGCUUCACUGCUGGACUGCUACUUGGUGUUCUACUGACUCAAUGUCAUGGUCACUGUCAUAGGAAGGGGAAGAGAGGCCAGACUGAGAUACCUCCUGUUUAUGAGGACAUUC